AUGGCGGUAUCCUCAUCUACACCACUCCAACCACAAGCGUCAGCCCUAUCCCAUGCUGACCCAGCCUGCGGAGUUCUCUCGCUUUUCUCGCUUGCUGGGAAAACAGCCCUGGUGACAGGGGGCACACGUGGGAUUGGACGUGAGAUGGCCAUUGCAUUGGCAGAAGCUGGGGCAGAUAUCAUUCUAGCGCAGAGAGAUCCAACCAAUACCGCCACUCGUGACGAAAUUGUUAGUCGGACGGGGAGAACGGUGUCGAUUCAAGUUGCAGAUCUUUCCAGUCGAGAGUCCGUAAAGGGCAUAAUCCCUCAGUUCGUACGGGAUGGAAAGGUUGUGGAUAUUCUCUUGAAUUGUGCGGGGAUUCAAAGGAGGUACCUGAGCGAGAAGUUUCCUGAUAAGGACUGGGAUGAGGUUAUCCAAGUCAAUCUGACGUCGGUCUUCAUGCUAUGUCGAGAAUUUGGUGCAUAUCUGCUGGCGCGGGAUCCGGCAACUUUCUCUUCUAAACGGAAAGGAGCAAUUAUCAAUGUUGCAUCUCUCCUAUCAUUCCAGGGAGGUAUAACAGUUCCAGCUUACGCUGCUUCAAAGGGGGGAGUGGCCCAGCUUACAAAGGCGUUGUCAAAUGAGUGGGCUUCCAAGGGGAUUUCGGUCAACGGGAUCGCACCUGGAUAUAUUGACACUGACAUGAAUGUGGCAUUGAUUAAUGAUCCAGAAAGGAACAGUGGCAUUAUGGCCAGGAUUCCCGCAGGUAGAUGGGGUAGGCCCGAAGAUUUCAAGGGCGUCGUGGUGUUUUUGGCCAGCGAAGCUAGUAGUUACGUAUCUGGGGAAAUUAUCUGCGUUGAUGGAGGUUGGAUGGGCCGAUAA